GAGGCUGGAAUGGAGGAGGAGAGUCUCUGCAUCUCUCUGGAAACUUCGACACCCUUCUCGUCCUCCUUCCCCUUCCUUCUACACAAAUCUCCUCUCUCUCUCUCUCUCUCCUCCUUCCCUCUCCUCAAAUACCCUCCCACCGCCACCACCGCUUUAUCUAACUCCAUCACACGACCCAACACCAGACCAUACCAACGCCAGACAGAGCUCUGAAAGAGCUUGGAAGAUCAUUGAGAUACCGCAAAAGAAGUAGCAAGAAAGAGAGAAGUGGCAAGAGAUGGGUGUGGAUUACUACAAGGUGCUGCAGGUGGACAAGGGCGCCAGCGACGAUGACCUGAAGAAGGCCUACCGGAAGCUCGCCAUGAAGUGGCACCCCGACAAGAACCCCAACAACAAGAAGGACGCCGAGGCCAAGUUCAAGCAGAUCUCCGAAGCGUACGAGGUUCUGAGUGACUCUCAGAAGAGAGCAAUUUACGAUCAGUACGGUGAAGAAGGACUUAAAGGCCAAGUCCCGCCGCCCGGUGCCGGCGGUCCAGGAGGAGCGACCUUCUUCCAAACAGGGGAAGGCCCGAACGUCUUUAGGUUCAACCCGAGGGAUGCGAACGACAUAUUCGCGGAGUUCUUUGGGCACUCGAGCCCGUUUGGAGGAGGUAUGGGUGGGGGCGGAAUGAGGGGCGGGGCAAGGUCGUUUGGAGGAAUGUUUGGAGAUGAUAUAUUCAGCUCGUUCGGAGAAGGUAGGCCGAUGAGCCAGGCUCCUCGUAAGGCUCCGUCGAUUGAGAAUAAAUUGCCCUGCAGCCUCGAGGAUCUCUACAAAGGGACUACUAAGAAGAUGAAGAUCUCUAGGGAGAUUGCGGAUGCUAGCGGAAAAACUUUGCCCGUGGAGGAAAUCCUAAUCAUUGAAAUAAAGCCUGGGUGGAAGAAGGGCACAAAGAUUACAUUUCCAGAAAAGGGAAAUGAACAACCUGGUAUGCUUCCUGCGGAUCUCGUCUUUGUGAUCGACGAGAAGCCUCACGGCACCUUCACAAGGGAUGGCAAUGACUUAGUUGUUACGCAGAAGAUAUCGCUUGCGGAGGCACUUACAGGGUACACGGUCCGCCUCACCACGUUAGAUGGAAGAAACCUGACCAUACCCAUCAACAGUGUGAUCCAUCCGACCUACGAGGAGGUUGUUCCUAGAGAAGGAAUGCCCAUACCGAAGGAACCGUCGAAAAGAGGGAACUUGCGAAUCAAGUUCAACAUCAAAUUCCCGACAAGGUUAACUGCCGAGCAGAAGGCCGGGAUCAAAAAACUUCUGGGUCCGUGAGAGGUUUGAUUUUUUUUAUGAGUUUGAAAUGAUGUGCAUAUAUCCGUUUUGAUGGAACCAUUCAUAUGAUAUAGAGUGAGUUGGAACUGUAAUGUAACUCGGGGUUAAGGCCAAAUGAAUAAGGGGUACAAUGAGAAGCUUAGUCUUGAAGAAAGACAGUAGCAGGAUCCAGCACCAUUUAUGUCGUUCCAA